AUGAUCACCGAUGAUGAUUUGGGAUUCAUUGCCAACUUUCUUGGCAUAUUCAUUUUCGCCCUUGUAAUUGCUUAUCAUUAUGUACUGGCCGACCCCAAGUAUGAAGCGAACUAACAAACCGCAAUGGGAUAUCAAACAUAGUAGUAGAAGAGUGUUAUAAGAGGAUCAUGAAUGUAUGAUAUUGGGAAUGUGCAAUUCUGAUGAAUGAAAUUUUGGUUAUUCUGUUUCUUAA